UGACUUGUCUGAAGUGAGACCCGACUGUAACGGUUCUUACGCAGCUCAUAAGAUGAAGACAGCUCAACCCACGCCGGAUAUGCUGAAUCCACAACUUACUUAUCAGCUAACAUCGAAGUGCAAAGGACUUGCAUUCAUUCUAAACAACAUCGAUUUCAACCAAAGCGAUCGGCGGGAAGGCUCACAGAUUGAUUUGGCAAAUAUGGAACAUCUCUUUAAAGAACUUGGAUACACACCAAUUUGCCACAAGAAUCUUAAAGGAGAGGAUAUCACCAAGUAUUUCAAGGAGUUCGCCUCCAUGUUCAAUCACACUGGCGUAAGUUACGACUCAGCCGUGAUAGCAUUGAUGAGCCACGGCGAUACGGGAGUCAUUCUCGGCACUGAUAACAUUCAAGUGAAACUGCGAGAUUUGCAGGGGGAGCUGGAACCCCAUAAAUGUCCGGGGCUGGAUGGGAAACCCAAGAUGUUCUUCGUGCAGGCGUGCAGGGGAAGAUUUGUUACCACACUACCUGUAAGUCAUGACGGGCCUAACACUGCGUCCGGUGCCCAAGAAUCUAACCACCCUCUUGAAGAGUUAGUCCCGGAAGAACUAGCCACCUUCAUUGCAGAUAUUGGGAACCCCGCGGAUGUACACUUCGCUUAUGCAACAACUGAUGGUUAUCUUGCUCUGGGAAAUGAGGUCAUUGGUUCUUUCUUCGUUCAAGCUUUAUGUGAGGUCUUCUUCGCUCGAGCCCAUCUGGACAAUCUAGAUACACUGAUGAAUGAGGUAACCCGUAAAGUAGACAGCAUGACAGGCCUGCUGUACGACCAGGAAUUACAACGUAAUGUUUACGUCAAGCAAACGCCGCAGUGCGUCAAGACCAUGCUCAAAGCUUUCUACUUCUUCCCCAAUUAUCCAUAAAUUAAAUCAUUGGUUGUAAUCUGAAGUUCAACUGCAUUGGAAGUUAACUAAAUCGGAAACUGAAUUAGCUUCAUUGAAACAUUCAAUAUUUUAC